AUGACGACCGAACCGAAAAGGAAACAAAGAAUCAUAAACUGUGUCACGCAAUUGCCCUACAGGAUCGAACUAAGCGAAUCUAACGACCAAUGGCAGAUCCACCCCACUACGGGGAACAGCGCCCUUUAUUCAUCGUUGAAAUACUUGGCCUCCUCCCAGGACUACGAACAGCAUGUCGUCGGGUGGACCGGGGAGAUCACUAGAUCUACUUCGGGCGAGAACUCUUCAUUGAAUGGGAGUGUCCUGUUGGAAGAUCACAACUCUAACGUUAAUGAUGAUCUUUCUGAAACUGCUGCCAAAUGGAAAUCCAAGGAUAAAAGGAAUGAGGAGAACGUUAAUGAAGAUGGCGAUGAUCCUUUGUAUUUAACCGCUGGUGAGAUGGAUGGUUUGAAAAAAACAAUAAAGGAUGAAAAAGUUCACCCCGUGUGGCUGUUGAGACGUAAUCAGAGAAGGUGGAGAAAUUAUGCGGAAAAUGUUAUAUGGCCUUGCUUCCAUUAUAUCUUGAAUCCAAGUUCCGAUGGGACAGAUCAGGAACAUGAUUGGUGGUAUGAUUACGUGAAAUUUAAUGAAGCUUAUGCUCAAGUUAUUGGUGAAAUUUAUGAAAAGGGUGAUACUAUUUGGAUCCAUGAUUAUUAUUUAAUGUUACUACCUCAAUUGUUAAGAAUGAAAUUCAAUGACGAAGAAUUAACCAUUGGUUAUUUCCAUCAUUCUCCAUGGCCAAGUAAUGAAUAUUUCCGUUGCUUACCAAGAAGAAAACAAAUAUUGGAUGGGCUACUAGGUGCCGAUAGAAUUUGUUUCCAAAAUGAUUCCUUUGCUAGACAUUUUGUAUCUAGUUGUAAAAGAUUAUUGGAUUCCACUGCUAAGAAGACAACAAAUGAAUUGGGCACUGAUCAAUAUCAAUUGAGUGCAUAUGGUGGUGAUUUAAUCGUGGAUGCAUUACCAACAGGUGUUAAUACCAAUGGAAUCCUGGAAGAGGCCUUCACGAAGGAUGUUGAUGCCAAGGUUCUUGCCAUUAAGGAAGCUUACCAAAAUAAAAAAAUCAUUAUUGGUAGAGAUCGUUUAGAUCCUGUUCGUGGUGUUGUACAAAAAUUAAGAGCAUUUGAAACAUUCUUGGCAAUGUUCCCCGAAUGGAGAGAUCGUGUUGUAUUGAUUCAAGUUAGUGGACCCACAGCAAAUAAGGAUUCACCUCAAACUAUCAGAUUGGAACAACAAGUUAAUGAUUUAGUCAAUUCCAUUAAUUCCAAAUAUGGGACACUAGAUUUUUCCCCAGUACAAUAUUAUUAUAUGAGAAUCCCCAAGGAUGUUUAUUUCUCACUAUUGAGAGUGGCAGAUUUAUGUCUAAUCACAAGUGUGAGAGAUGGUAUGAAUACUACAGCUUUGGAAUACAUCACUAUUAAAUCCAAUGUUUCAAAUUUUCAAUGCUAUGGUAAUCCAUUGAUAUUAAGUGAAUUCUCAGGUAGCAGUACCUUGUUGAAAGAUGCCAUUAUGGUCAAUCCUUGGGAUUCAGUCGCGGUAGCCAAAUCAAUCAAUAUGAGUUUGAAUAUGAGUAGAGAGGACAAGAUUAGUUUGGAAACAAAAUUAUGGGCCGAAGUACCCACCAUUCAAAAUUGGACUGAAACAUUCUUGAAAUCUUUGAAAUCUUAUGUCAUGGAAAGUAAGACUUCACAGACAGAUAGGAAAAUCACCCCGGCUUUAAAUAGACCAGUGCUACUGGAAAAUUAUAAAGCUGCUAAACGUCGUUUAUUCUUAUUUGAUUAUGAUGGGACCUUAACCCCCAUUGUGCAAGAUCCUGCUGCUGCCAUACCCACUGCCAAACUAUACAAUAUUAUGGAGAAAUUAGCUGCUGAUCCCAACAAUCAAAUUUGGAUUAUUUCUGGUCGUGAUCAGCAAUUUUUGAAUAAAUGGUGGGGUAGUAAAGUACCACAAAUCGGGUUAAGUGCCGAGCAUGGAUGCUUUGUGAAGGAUAUUACUAGUGAGAAUUGGGUUAAUUUAACUGAGAAAUGUGACAUGUCAUGGCAGUUGAAAGUUGGUAAGACGAUGGAGGAAUUUACUACACGUACCCCCGGGUCAUUUAUUGAAAGAAAGGAAGUUGCAUUAACUUGGCAUUACAGACGUGCUGUUCCUGAAUUGGGUGAAUUCAAUGCAGCUGAAUUGAAGAAAGAAUUAUUGAAAUAUACAGAUGAUUUUGAUUUAGAAGUUAUGGAUGGUAAGGCUAAUGUGGAAGUACGCCCAAGAUUUGUAAAUAAGGGGGAAAUUGUGAAAAGGUUAGUUUGGCAUAAGUAUGGUGAACCACAAGAUAUGCUUACCUCGGUGAGUAAAGAUGUUGCUAAGGAGGAUAUGCCUGAUUUUAUCUUGUGUCUUGGUGAUGAUUUCACUGAUGAAGAUAUGUUUAAACAAUUAAACUGCAUUGAAGAAGUUUGGGAUGAUAAAUAUUCUGAUAAACGUAACAAGAUGGGUAAUUUUGGAUUUUAUCCCGUUACUGUGGGGUCGGCCUCAAAGAAGACAGUGGCCAAGGCUCAUUUAACUGAUCCUCAACAAGUUCUUGAAACACUUGGGUUGCUAGUUGGUGCAGUUAAUUUAUUCCAAAGUGCAGGGACUGUUGAUUUAGAUGCUAGAGGUCAUGUUAAGAACAGUGAAAGUAGUCUGAAAUCUAGGUUGGCAUCUGAAGCAUAUGCCAUGAAGAGAACGGCGUCUACGAAUAGUGCAAAGAGCAAUAACGGCAAGAAUAAAUGA